AUGUCGAAGAGAUCCGCGGAUGCCUCAGACGACCAGUCGGCUGCGCUGAAGGCCGGAGAGCGCCCUAUUGUCGAUGCCACCCCGGACGAAGUGGGGGAGUUUGAAGAUGAGUACGAGGACGAAUUCGAGAGUGAAGAUGAGAUCCUAGAGGCUGGUGUCGAUGGUCGCCCCGAUGCUGAGCGUGAGGAGGAAGAGAGAGCGGAGGCUAUGGAAGUCGACAAGGAAACAUUCAUCCCCGGCCGCACGAAAUUGGCCCCCGGCGAGACACUUUCGCCCGAUCCUUCUACUUAUGACAUGCUUCACACCCUCAGUACACCCUGGCCAUGCCUGUCCUUCGAUAUUGUGCGCGACUCGCUGGGCGACAACCGCAAGACCUUCCCCGCAACCGUCUACGCCGUCGCCGGAACCCAGGCUGAGGGAGGCCGUGCCAAGGACAAUGAAUUGAUGGUUCUGAAGAUGAGCAGUCUGAGCAAAAUGGAGAGAGACAACCAAGACGAGGAGAGCGAUUCGGAUGAUGACGACGACAUGGGCGAGCCCAUCCUCGAGCACAAGUCGAUCCCCCUCGGCUCGACUACAAACCGCAUUCGCGCCCACCAAACGCCCUCUCAGUCCGCCGAUUAUUCGAAGCCCCCUCAAACUCUCACAGCUACCAUGUUGGAGAACUCGCAGAUUCUGAUCCACGACGUCACCCCCUACCUCUCCAGCUUCGACUCGGAAGGUUAUGCUCUGGACUGGUCUCCGCUCAACCCUCUCGGCAAGCUCCUGACUGGUGAUAACGACGGUCUGAUCUACGCGACUUCCCGCACUGAGGGCGGCGGCUGGGUGACCGACACCCGGCCAUUCACCGGCCACACCUCCUCGGUGGAGGAGCUCCAGUGCAGCGACGGCAGUGUCAAGGUGUGGGAUGUGCGGUCCAAGUCUCGCAAGCCCGCAGUGGACAUUCACAUCUCCAAGACCGAUGUCAACGUCAUGAGCUGGUCGAACCAGACCUUCCACCUUCUCGCAACUGGCGCGGACGAUGGCCAGUGGGCUGUUUGGGAUCUGCGUCACUGGAAGCCGAAUGCCGCGGCCCCCAAUGCCCAGAUCACCGCUGCACCCGUCGCUUCAUUCGACUUCCACUCGGAGCCUGUGACUAGCAUCGAGUGGCACCCAACUGACGACAGUGUCGUUGCCGUUGGAUCGGCUGACAACACCGUCACCCUGUGGGAUCUGGCUGUCGAGCUGGAUGACGAGGAGAGCCGCCAGGCUGGCAUGGCCGAUAUCCCCCCCGCAAUUGCUGUUUGUGCACUACAUGGAAUCAGUCAAGGAGGUGCACUGGCAAGCCCAGAUGCCCGGUACGCUGAUGGCAACUGGUGGUAA